AAUGGUUGUUAUAUGGUAGAAAAUUUCACCUUUUGUCGUCUAUUGUGCCAGUUCUUCGGAUGCUUUUUCAUCUUCGACUUAAACGGGAGACGGUUGCACGACGCCAGGGCAACGUUGAAGACGGCGUACACCGCCUACGCUCUCGCUUUGUUUUGUGUGUGCCUUUACUUCGAAGGCGGAUUGCUGAUUGGCCGGUUAGCGAGACUGGACUUUAGCCGCCAGUUCGCGGACGCUGUUUCGACGCUCCUCAACGUAGCGCUGAUGGUAAAGGUGGUCGUCAACUUCGGCUGCAUGGCGUUCCAUUCCGGCAGGCUGUUAGACUUCUUCCACAAGUGUAAGGAAUACGAGAAACGGUCGGCCUUCAAGCGCCCCUCCGGGCGCGAAGCACUGAAGCGAGACUGGAUUGUGAGCAUCAUUAGACUGUGUAUAUUAACGGUAGCAGUGUCGAUGGCCGGUAUUCUGGUUAUCUCCAUGGCUACAAACAGCUCCAAAAGAGCUCCCAGACAGGUCGCCAGGUUCUUUUGCGUGGCGGUGUACUUCUUUUACGACUCGUUGGUGUACCUCUUGCUGAGAUCGGUCGGCGAGGUCCUCGUGUGGUACGUGCGGGCGCAGAGAGUGACUUUCGAAAAAUGCUGCGCCGCCGUUUCGCGGGGAACGCCCGUCGCGGCGCUGCGACGUGGACGGUGGGCAUCGCUGACGGUCGAGUCGGUGCGACAGCGCGUGUGCGAAGUCCGAGAGCUGAAAUGUUUCAUCAACGGCAUCUGGAGCACCGCCAUUAUCCUAUCGUCGGGGACACUGGUGUGGAUGGUAUGCAUCACGCUGUACACCGCACUGAAGGCCGGCGUCUUCCGUGCGGACGUGUGCCUGAGCCUCUGCUACGCCGCCUACAUAUUUCUCAGCUUCCUGGAACUGGCAUGCAUCAGUCAGACCCUGCGGGAUGAGGCGCACAAGCUCAAGGAAGUUGCCUGAAGGACGUCAACGCUCAACGCUACAGACUCUUAUUUUAGACAGGUUGAGUUCUUGCACUAUACCAUCGACCCUGACGGGAUGAGCAUCAGCGGAUCGGGCUUCUUUCGCCUAGACAAGCAGCUCGUCGUCUCGAUUGUGGGAUCUCUCAUAACGCUCACGGUAAUCCUGGUGCAGACGAGCGACGAACUAAGUCAGCGCAUGCGCGAAAGAGCAGCGUCUACGUCGUCGUGAGCUAAAUGUUAAUCGCCCA